AUGGCCAAGUCCCGCGUCGCCCCAAGGAAGGAACAUUCGAUUCCUGCAUUGGAGAUGGUUGGAAUUCUGUGUGGAGUCAGAGCUGCGAACUACGUCAUCAAGGAGAUGGACAUGAAGUUUGACGGAGUUUUUGUUUGGACAGACUCCCUGUGCUCGCUCGACACUUUAGUCAACAACGGAAACAGUGGAACCAAGUUUAUCAGGAAUCGAGUCAAGUCAAUUCUGGAGCAAUCGGAGGGCUUCGAGUUCACACACGUCCCCGGAAAGCAGAAUCCAGCAGAUUACCUGACUCGUGGACUGAAGUUCGCGGACCUGAAAGAAUCAACAAGUUGGAUCAACGGACCAGGAUUCCUGCAGGAGACCAAGGACCUACCGCUUCGUCGAUUCACGUUGGAUCAAGUGGCUACUACACUCAUGACAUCGGCGGAGGUUAUCCACGAGGUCCCAAUUGACCCACACAAGUUUGGAUCGUUCCACCGAAUGCUACGGACGAUUAUGGUCAUGCUUCAAUUCAUGAUUAUGAUCACCAAGAGACGUUUACCAAAGGAGCAACGGGAGCAGUACAACCUGACCAACCACGAAUGUGCUACGCGGGCAAGAAGGAUAGCGUAUCGUUGGGCGCAAUGGAUUGACCCUCCGUCGGAACAAACAAUACGCAAUCUACGACUACGCCAGAAUCCGGAGGGCAUCUGGAUGUACCAGGGCAGAGUGGAACAACGGCCGUUGAUUUUUCCUUCCUCAAGGACAAAUCAGUCGUCUUAUUGUUCUCGAUCUACACGAACGGUUCAGCCACGGCAGUCCACUUUUUCACGUUGGCACAACUGAGAGCUGAAUUCUGGAUUCCAAGAGGUCGCGCCUUUUUGAAGAAGUCGAUUGGGAAAUGCUACGGUUGCCGCUACUUAUCCACACUGCCGUAUCGACAACCUGAUUUUUGCGGCUUUUUCCGGACCUCAGAAUCGCCCCCGGCUCGACCAUUUGAGAACUGCGGAGUGGAUUUUUGCUGGACCAUUGAAAGUCAAGAUGGAUGGAGCAGUUCGGAACAUCUACUUCGUGCUCUUCACAUGCCUCUACACUCGCUUCAUCCAUACGGCCGCAAUCAAAGACAUGGAGACUGUGACGUUUCUUCACACUCUACGAAGAAUGUGCGCAAUGUUUGGAAUACCCAAGAUCAUCGUUGCGGACAAUGCAACUCAGUUUGAGAUGCUCAACAACGUGUUGACGGAACUUCAACAACAACAACGGAACCGGAUUGUCAACUCGACUACUCUCCCGGAAUUCAAGUUCAUCAAAGCUCAUUCACCAUGGGCUGGAGGUGUCUACGAACGGAUGAUCGGCCUGAUAAAGAGAUCACUGACCCGAGCUGGAACGACACGCGUUCUAAUGAGCAUCGAGGACUUCACGACAGUUUUGGCUGAGUGCACAUCCAUUGUCAACAGCAGACCGUUGACGUACGUUGCCUCGGAUGAUGACAUCACCCCCCUACGACCGAUUGACUUUGUGUAUCCUGCCAACCGCUUUGACGGGGUUAUGGAUUUGUCCUCACCGCCGGAUACCGAUGGACAAUCAUGGGAACGUCGAUACUUGAUGGAACAUUGGAGUCAAUCGUCGUCAAUCACGGAAGACUUCCAACGACGAUGGGACAAGGAGUACAUUCAAGUACUUCAGGAACGACAUCAACAGUCGCAUCGACAGACGUCUACGGCGAAGGCCACCCCGAAGGUUGGAGAUGUUGUUCGGAUUGAAACGCCGAUGGUUGGAAGAACGAAGUGGCCGAUUGGACGGAUCGUCGAAGUGAAGACGCGGUCAGCGAAACUAAAAAAGGGAGCGACGAGAAGGAUCGUGGAAUAUCCUUGGAAACUUUUGUACCCACUGGAGACUGAGAUGAACGAGGCGACGGAGACUACUACUACUGACGAGACAGCAACAUCACCGAACGACGAAACGACACAGUCUCGAACCCCUAGAAGAUCAGUCCGAAUUGGGAACAGAAUCAACCAAGUGACAUUGGCUCUCACUCUGUUUGCUCUUUUCACAACAACGACAGCGGAAACGUUCGGAGACAAUGGGACGACUGAGGCGACAGGACAGCAAGUGGAAUCGUGGUCAACGAAGACGUCAUACGAGGCGAUUGGAUCGCUCAAGGACAGGCUCGGAUCAAUAAUGACUUCGUGGCUGUACACACUGGCAAUCUUCGGAGUUCUUCUGGCAAUCAAUGUCGCAAUCACAGUCAUGCGCGUUAUUGGAGGUGCUUACGAGACCACAGCAUGGAUUGUUCGACUGGUUGGAAUGGGAUCGCAAUGGAUCGGAAGACUGUGUUGUAAAUGCUUCGGAAGACGAUCGAGACAGCGACUCCCGACUAUCAUCGUUGCACUGAUGUUGAUUGGCAUGGCGGACGGAUGUAACGAAAUCGCUUCGAUUCAAGCUAACGAGAACGUUUGUGUCAUGGCUGGAAAGAAGAACAAGUGCUACCUGAAUACGCUCUCAAUCUUGAAUGUACGACCGGACGGAUCAGUCGGAUGUUUUCGCGUCAAGAACGUGGAUCACACAUUGGAAACAUUCGUGGAAGUUCAAGCGGAAGCAAUCGUGUCAACAUGUAUACAGAAGUCACAUCACUUCACUCGGGAUUUCGACAUCACUCAUGAGUAUUCUCAUCGAUGCUCGGGGGCUGGAAGCUGCUCCGGAGAGAUUUGUGAAAAUCUCACGGCAAACGACACUAGUCUACCGGAAUUUUCAACGAUGUCGAAGAGCGCUCCUGGAUUCAGUCGAUGCUACAAAACAUGCGGUUGUGUGUCGUGUGGAGGAUGCUUUUGGUGCUCCCCAUCAUGUCUCUACUCGAGAUUGUUUGCGGUACCCAAAUCGACAUACGUCUACGAGAUUGUGACAUGCCCAACGUGGAAAACAGUUUUGGACGUCAGAGUGAACGUUAACGGAGAUCGUGGAAAGCACCGGAUCGAACAUGGAGUACCAUUCUUGAUACCUCGGACGAACAUCACACUGGUCGUCACUGGAUUCUCGACACCACCGACUCCAGUGCACGCGGCAACGUUCAUCAAACGAUGGAAGACAACUGAUCAGAGUGCUCAAUUCGGCUUCACCUACACGUCUGUUGCGCAGGCGGGAACGCCCACCAAAGGGAUGGUGGGUGAAUUUCAAUGUGCAACCUAUCAAGACGCUCUUAACUUCCGAUGUGUCUUCGAUGAGCAUUUGUGCAGUUGCAUCGCGCAAGGAACCGUGCUCAGAUGUCCGUGUCGACACAUUCACCUCGAUGCGGUGCUCAAGAAGACGCUACUACCGAGAAGUGAAGCAGGGAUCGCCAUACUAACGGAAGGAGAACUGAUCAAAACGAAGCUGACAACGAGUUCUUUGGUUUCGAUUCAACUACAGUUCAGGAAUCAAUCGAUUCAUCGGAUCGUGAAAGACGACAACUGCAGCAUUGCAACGACGACGAUCACGGGUUGCUUCUCCUGUGGAAAAGGAGCGUUGUUGACUGCGACGUGUACCUCCAUGGUUCACAAAAGGCUCGAAGCGACGGUCAAGUGCCCGACGAUUGGGGUGGAUUUUCUAGAAUGCGGUAUCGGCGGAGUGCGAGGGAAAAUCAAUUUCCAUUCGACCCAGCGGAAGAUCGAGGAAACUUGUUCCAUUUCGUGUGGAACAGUUAAGCAGGAAUUCUCCUUGCAAGGAGAACUAGCGGAAGAAGCAACGUUCGAUGCGUCUGCACUUCGGGAUCGGUUUGCGGAAUUCACUCAGAAGAUCGGGGAAGGAGGAAUUUUCGAAGUCAUCACGGGAAAGAUAGCUGCCGUUUGGAGCACCAUCACUUCAUGGAUCGGCUCGGGAAUCGUCAUCAUGGUUGUGCUGGUUAUCGGAGGAGUAUGUUGUGUCCAGUGUGUCGGAGGAACGUCGGUUGGCUGGCGUUACAUUCCCUUUGCCCGGGAGUGUCGCAGAUCGCGAUAUCGACGACGGAGGAGAUGAUCAAUGACCACAUGGGAGAGCAUUCCCAUCGAUUCUCACGAUAA